AUGUUUGUUGGUACAAUUGCUGCUCUUGGAAAUGGGAUCUGCAUGCCCCUUAUGGCUUUACUGUUUGGAGAAUUAAUCGAUGCCACUGGAAAAACUGUGAGCACUACCGAAACGGUACAAGGAGUUUAUAAGGUGUCACUGAAGUUUGUCUACUUGGCUUUGGGUUCCAGUGUUGCGUCCUUUAUCCAGAUGGCUAGCUGGACCAUCACAGGGGAGGCACAGGCUACACGGAUAAGAAGUUUAUACUUCGAAACAAUAUUGAGGCACGAGAUUGGCUUCUUUGAUAAGGAAACUAGCACCGGAGAAAUUGUUGGGAGGAUGUCAGGUGACUCUAUUCUUAUUCAAGAUGCCAUGGGCGAGAAGGUUGGAAAGUUUGUGCAGACGAUAGCUGCAUUCUUUGGAGGCUUUGUUAUAGCUUUUAUGAACGGGUGGCUGCUAACCCUCAUAAUGUUAUCUGUAAUUCCACCUAUUGCUAUUUCUGGUGCUGUCAUGUUUAAGCUCAUAGGAAAGCUCGCUUCCCACAAACAAACUGCCUAUUCACAGGCAGCGACUACUGUAGAGCAGACAAUUAGCUCUAUCAGAACUGUGGCAUCAUAUACUAGGGAGCAGCAAGCUAUUUCUAAGUACAACAUAAGUCUGCUUAAAGCAUACAAGUCCGGCAUACAAGAAGGCUUGGCCUCUGGGUUAACUGUGGGAACAGCAUUGUUAAUUUUAAGCUGUGGCUAUGCAUUGGCAGUGUGGUUAGGUGGGAAAAUGAUACUUGAGAUGGGAUACAGAGGAGGAAAUGUUAUCAUUGUGAUUUUUGGCGUGCUGCUUGGCUCCAUGUCUAUAGGGCAGGCAUCUCCAUGUUUGAGCGCAUUUGCUGCUGCACAAGCUGCAGGAUUUAAAAUAUUUGAGACAAUUAACAGGAAGCCUGAGAUUGAUGCUUAUGAUGCGAAUGGACAGACUUUAGCUGAAAUUCGUGGUGAUAUUGAAUUAAGGAAUGUUAUUUUCAGUUAUCCAGCAAGACCGGAUGAGAAAAUAUUUGAUGGAUUCUCUCUUUCAAUACCUAGUGGUACUACUACUGCUCUGGUUGGGCCGAGUGGAAGUGGAAAAUCAACAGUGAUCAGCUUGAUAGAGAGAUUUUACGAUCCACAAGCUGGUGAGGUACUUAUAGAUGGUGUUAAUCUGAGAGAAUUUCAGCUUAGAUGGAUCAGAAAGAAAAUAGGUCUUGUUAGCCAGGAACCUGUGUUGUUUACAUCAAGCAUUGGAGAUAAUAUUGCUUAUGGAAAGCUGGAUGCAACUAAUGAAGAAACAGAAGCUGCUGCUGAGCUUGCCAAUGCAUCUAACUUCAUAAAUAAGCUACCUCAGGGACUAGACACAAUGGUUGGAGAACAUGGAAUUCAGCUAUCUGUUGGUCAAAAACAGAGAGUUGCUAUAGCUAGGGCAAUUCUUAAAGAUCCAAGAAUUCUGCUUCUUGAUGAAGCCACGAGUUCUCUUGAUGCUGAAUCGGAAAGACUAGUGCAAGGGGCACUUGACAGAGUUAUGAUCAACCGAACAACUCUCAUUGUCUCCCAUCGCUUGACUACAUUAAGGAAUGCAGAUAUGAUAGUCGUUAUUCAUCAAGGAAAGAUUGUUGAAAAAGGUUCACGUCCUGAGUUACUCAAGGAUCCUCAUGGAGCAUAUAGCCAGCUCAUAAGGUUGCAAGGAAGUGGGAAAAAGCAAGAACAUAAGGAUUUAAAUCAUUCAGAGAGAGAUCGUCGAUCCUCCCCUUUUGCUCUAUCUCCUUCUCCACUGAUUAGCAUUUCUGGAAAAUCAUUUGAAAAACUAAUUCGUACUCCUGCUUCAGAAAAAUCACAACUGUCUCAUGAAGUGGCACUUGGUCGCUUAGCCCGUCUAAACAGCCCUGAAAUACCUAUCUUACUUCUAGGUUCUAUAUUUGCCAUAGCCAAUGGUGCAAUAACACCAAUAUUUGGGACGGUGUUUGCUGCUAUGAUUAGAACUUUCUAUGAGCCAAAAGAUGAACUUACAAGAGAUUCCAAAUUUUGGGCAUUGGCGUUUAUGGUUCUAGGUGUUGCAUCAUUUUUGACUUCCUCAAUGAGCUCAUACUAUUUAGCUGUGGCAGGGUGCAAAUUAAUAAUGCGAAUACGGUCAAUGUGUUUUGAAAAAGUUGUAUACAUGGAAAUAGGUUGGUUUGAUGAAGCUGAGCAUUCGAGUGGUGCAAUUGGUUCAAGGCUUUCUUCAGAUGCAGCUUCAGUGCGAAGUUUGGUCGGAGACACACUCUCUUUGAUCCUUCAGAAUACAGCUACAGCAGUUUCAGGCUUGGUAAUUGCCUUCAAAGCAAGCUGGCGAUUGUCUUUUUUAAUCCUUGCUGUGUUUCCUCUGCUGGCUAUCAGCAGUUAUAUUCAACUGAGGUCCGUGCAAAGAUUUGGAGGAAAAUUGAAGCAAGGGCACCAGGAAGCAAGCCAAGUUGUGAGUGAUGCAGUUAGCAGUAUCAGAACGGUAGCUUCUUUCUGCGCGGAAGAGAAGGUGAUGCAGCUAUAUAAAAAGAAAUGCGAAGUUCCAAUUAAGGCAGGAAUAAAGCAAGGACUGAUUAGUGGGUUAGGUUUUGGGAUAUCCUUCUUCUUUUUCUUUUCUGUGUAUGCAGUCAGUUUUUAUGUUGGAGGCGUCUUAGUUGAUCAUGGCAAGGCAACAUUCUCUGAAUUUUUUAAUCAGUUGGAAUUUCUCAAACAAGCUUUCUGGCUCCUGAUGUAG